CCACUCGACUCUCCAUAGAGCUAAACAAACUACGACAUCACCGCGCGCCUUUGUUGUCAGACGGCGACUGUUAAUUUUCGAGCUAGCUAAACUCGUCCGUUUUACAGGAGGAAAACGUAAAAGAAAAAAUGUUUAAAAUGAUUAGUGUUACGUUUUGACGUAGCAGAAUCAUCCCGAAAGUGGGAUCAGUAGCAGAUUGAGUCGAAGAAGUCAGUUGCUAUAAGAGGAAGUUUGACAGAACGAGCAGGGUUUUGCAGGAACAACCUGCUUUUGAUGACCCUAAGACACAUGUCGUCUGCAGCAGAGACGGUGGAAAAUGCCUCCAUUAUUUCAGAGAGUGUGGCGCAUGACGGAAACCGCUUGUGGAUAGGCAACAUCGAUCCCAAAAUCACAGAGUAUCACCUGGUGAAGUUGUUGGAGAAGUUUGGCAAAGUAAAACAGUUUGAUUUCCUGUUCCAUAAGUCUGGGCCUUUAGAGGGACAGCCACGGGGCUACUGCUUUGUCAACUUCAGCACCAGAGAGGAGGCAGAAAGGGCGAUCCAGUGUUUAAAUGGGAAGCUAGCUUUGUCCAAGAAGCUGGUCGUGCGCUGGGCGCACGCACAGGUGAGGAGGUUUGAAGGUUUCCGUAACGAUAAGACGAUGCCCCCGAGCCUGGAACCGUCGUGCAGUGGUGCAGCAGAGGAAGGACCCGUAACAGCCAAUCACCUCAGUACGAGUGCUAAAAUCCGCGCCAUCGAGGCCAAGCUCCAGAUGAUGGAGGAGAAUCCAGAUGAUGACUACUCGGGCCCGUCGGCCUACGUUUACAACAAACCGCCAGAGAGGAAACGCUGGGAGCCCUACUCUAAAUCACACCACAAUAACCAGAGCAGGCCCUUCCGCAAGUUUAGGAGAUGACCCCAUCCUCCUGCUCAAUCUGGAGAUCCCCCGCAACCCCCCUUACCAUUUACCACACCUCUGCCCCCCCCCUUACACACAAACAGACUCUACACUAGAUACUAUACAGACUUUACACAACCUAUCUGGGAAUAAAAGAUUUUUGAAGUUGUUCAAAAUACUUUCAAGACUCUUUUGGGAUUAAUUACAGCAAUCAUGGACAAGUACCGAAAGUGUUUUAGUUAUUUUGGGGUACAGUAUCAUUCAUUAUUGUUUAGUCUUAAAUAUGGCCCAUACCUGACUCCCGUGCAGGUUGGAUCCCUCAUCAGUCUGCCCCCUCACUUCUACAGAGAUUUAACGCAGGUGAAUCAAACAGCGGUGAGUCAUGUUAUGCGCAGUCGCCAUCGGACAAAGAAAUGUUUUAAAGAGUCUAAAUGCUGGUUCUUUUACUGUUUUUGACAUGUGUUUUUACUUUCAGAU